GGUUAAGAAGUUGGCCUGGGGUCAGUAAGCUAACGCCAAACUAAAUACUGACCACCUCGAAGGCCAAUUAGGAAUUUGAUUAAAGACAGUCAGAAAGAAGGAAAUAUGAAAGAAGAAAAAAUAACGAAAAUUGCAUUUUUGCUUAUGGUGGCGCAGAUUUCUUUAGCCGUGGAAUUCGAAACAUUCGCAGCGUUCUCUAACCACAAACAAGGAAAAAGCAGAAAUGACGAGAAGACAGUCAACUGUUGUCCAAUUAUUGGCGUGCUCGCUCAAGAAACGGAUGGAAAUGUGACGAAAUUCGGAAGUCAAUUAAUUGCAGCCACUUACGCCAAGUUUAUCGAGUCUGCAGGAGGGAGAAUGGUACCUAUUUUCAUUAACUCCACUGCUAAAGAAAUUGAAAAAUUAUUUUAUUCAAUUAAUGGUGCCAUAUAUCCCGGAGGUCAUAGGUUAUUACACCACACAAACUACACACGAGUAGGGAAACAGAUAUUAGAGCUGGCAAUGAAGGUAAAGUUUCAAAACCAAAUAAAUUAA